AAGUAUUGUUAUUUAUUUUUAUUUCAUUAAUUUGAUUAGAUUUAAGAUUGUUAUGAGAUAAAGAUUCAUUUAAAACAUAUAACACAAUCUAAAACACUUUGUGGGUGUAUCCGUAAGGAAUAUUUAAGUCCAGUCUUGAGCGACUAUUAAAUAUUUUCUCCGCUAGCUUUAGUAUUUUCGUCUACUACCUAUAAAUAUGCAAAUCUGCAGGGUUUGUCUGUCAACCGACUCAAAGCAGUACAACAUGGACGACUAUAAUUUAAAAAUGGCUUAUGAGGAAAUAACAAACAUUAAAUUGGCAGCAGAUGGCUCACCCCGCUGUUUGUGUUGGGAGUGCACCUUCAGACUACUGGCAUGCACCCGCUUCCAGCAGAAGGCCUUGCGCAGUCACGCUCUCCUGGCUCGAAUGUGUAACCAAUAUGAAAACAUGCAGCAACUGCAAACGAUAGACCGACAGCAACACAACCUCAUAUCCAACUUAGUUUGCCAAUAUAUAAACCACAAUGAUGUAAAGUUACAUGAAACUGAAGAAGCAUAUGAAGAUACGCAGGAACCUAUACAAGAAGUGAAUAUAAAUGAAGUUACAAGUGAUAGUGAGCUGCAUAGCGUACAAUUUGAUUUGGAUCCAGAAACAUCCAGCGAUGAAGUUCUAGCUAAACAAAAGAAACAAAAAAAGUGUAAAAAGAAGAAAAGCGAACCUAAGAUAGACAGACGAAGAAAACCAGCAAGUGAAGUGUUGAACGAUGCCUUAUUUAGUAUCACUGACUUGACGUUCGAGGAGCAGAUACAGGUGAUAAUGAGAAGGAAAGAGACGGCGAAUUAUAAGAAUUCUGUUUUUAAAUGUGAAGAUUGUUUUAAAGGGUUUUUGGAUGAGGACGCUUAUAAUAGUCAUAUAAUUCGGCAUACUGAUCAAAGCGGCACAUUCGUAUGCGAAGUGUGCAAGACUCACUUCAAAAUGCAACACGCACUGCGCAACCACGCCGCCUCGCAUGUGCAAAAAUUUAGUUGCAAGUGCUGCGCUUAUGUUACUACUAGAAGACACGCCGCUAAACUACAUGAAGAAUGGCAUAAUGGAACCCGGUACAAAUGUCCGCACUGUGAGGAGGAUUUCGUCAAAUUCUCAACGUACAUGGGGCACAUACGCAUCAAGCAUCCGUCAGACUGGGUGUGCCCCCUCUGCGGACACUCGUUCGUCAGUGAAAAAGGUUUGAGGCUGCACAAGAAACUAAAGCAUCGCUUCAACCACCAGCCGGUCGAUGAGAACGGACCGUACUGCCAGCGGUGUGACGUUCGUUUUGCCUCGCAGGCUGCCCUAGACCAACACACCAAGCUAUCUCCUAGGCACGAUGCGGACAGGAAAGAAAACGAGUGUCGCAAGAGGGGUCGGCGCGUCGCAGACGAGUGUGACAAAGACGGCAAGACUCGUCGGAGCAGGACGGACAAGCCUGAGGGUCCCAUUCCAUGCGAACAGUGUGACAUGCAACUUCCGGACUCUCUCGCGUACUACCGGCACUUCCGGCGCACGCACCCGGACAAGAAUCGAACCAACUACCCCUCCAUGAAAACCAAGAGCAUGUGCGAAGUGUGCGGGAAGAUGUUUCAGAGCCUAGCCCUUCUCCAAGACCACAGCUUCACCCACACAGACGGCAAACUCUUCAAAUGCCAGCAAUGCGACAAAAGUUUCCAGCGGCGGUACCGACUGAUCGCCCACAGACGAUUACACUCAACGAGGCCACAGCAUGCGUGUGCCGCGUGCGGGAAACGGUUUUCAACGGCUAGUAAUAGGACCAGGCAUAUGGCGAGUCACACCGGCCUAAAACCAUACAAGUGCGAAAUGUGCGGAAAGUGCUUCAAGCACGCGAGCGAGAAGCGAGCACAUAUCACCUAUGUGCAUCUCAAGAAGCCGUGGCCGAAGCGUGCUCGGGGCAAGCGUCGGGACACCAAGCAGACACCGCCUGCCCCGCAACAGCAAGAGAUGGAGCUCGCGCAGCCGUCGUGGUGCGAAAACAAAAUGGCCGCGGACAAGAUGUACUUACUAUAAAAUUAGCUUAUAAUAGUUUUAAUGUGAAAUACAGUAUGUAAAUUAACUAAAACCAUUUACACAAACCCGUUAAUAUAUAGGUCAUACUAAGCAACUUUUAUUAUGGGCAAAGAGAAUUUGAAAUAGAGGUGUAUUGUCAAAGAAAACAUUGUGGCGACAUUUUAUUGCCAUCUUUCGACACAUAAAUAAAUUUUUUAGAAAGCCUUUAGAAUGUCAUCACCAGGACUCAUAACUAUCUACAGGGUGAUUUCGGGGUCGUGGAGCAAGAGAACAAGACAUCACACAGAAUUAAAAGAUGAAUCUAAUGAUGUUGCUCAUUAUUUAUUAUCACCAACAUCAUUAGACUCAUCUUUGAAUUCUGGCACUGCCGGGAGGUUCAGAUAUUUUCGAAGGUAAGAAGAAAAUACCAUCCUCCUUAGCGCUCAUGCAGCGAUGAAAACAAGCGAUGAUUAUUUUAAUUUUGUUUACGACAAACAUUUCCGCUGACACUGCCAGGAUUUGUAAAAUUUGAUACCGCUAAGUUAGACGAGAUAGAGUGCAUCUAUGGAGGUUCGCGCAAACACACACACACACACAAAUACACGCACACGCACACACACACACACACACACACACACACACACACACACACACACACACACACACACACACAAAGAGACACCCAACUACAGGUUUCUAUUUAGCCGUAAGGAUAUUAUUACUACAACUGCUCUGUCGUCGUAAUGAGUAAUAAGUAUUUCUAGUUUGUAAGUUAUAGAUAAGUAAUUAAAUAGUUAAAAUUGUUACAAACAACCACUGUUUAUUAUGGAGGAGCGGGACUGCCUGACAUAGGUAUUUCUUACCUACUAGGAAGACCCAACCUUGUUUGUCAUAUGUGUACCCAACAUUAAUGAAAUAAAUCAUUUUCAUUUCA